AUGAGAUGCUAUAGAUCUCGAUCAACUCAAAGACAUAAGUAGUAAAAUUAAAAUAAUCUGACUAAAUUUUCAACUGGUUAAGAAUCUAAGAUUUAUCUACCCACAAAUGCUUAUGACGAUGACACGGAAUCAAAGACAGACAAUCAUUCACUUUAGAAUCAACAUAGAGAUGAUAACGCCUAUGCUAGUUUAAACAUACCCCUUGAACAAUAAUUCUAAAAGUAAGCAAGUUUAUUGUAAACUCUUGACUAUGGAGGAUAUGUUCCAAUUCUGAAAUAGUCGAAGACCAGUUUGAAUUCAAGAACUAAAGUAUUGAGAAAUAGAUCUAAUAAGUCUUCAAACUUUCAUACUGAUGGAGAUGAGAAUUACCUUUUCAAUAAGAUCAUUAACAAUACAUUUGAUUAGCAAUCUAGUUAAGUUAAUAAAACUAUUGAGAAUGCUAGAAGAGCUAGUAAACUGCUCUCUAUUGUUUAUGACUAGCCUAUAGCCUAUGAUUCAGUUCGAUAAGAUUUCAUCCUAAAGAAUUCUGAUUUUAAAUAGGCUUAAAUAUCUGCUUAGACUCAUAAUGAUGAGGCUACAUCGAUUUAGACUUAAAAAAACAAACGAAAUAUGGAUUUAAAGAUAUUAGACGAUGAGUAAAUGGAAUUAGAGGCAAAGUAGUAAUGCACAUAAAAUGCAUUAAAAUUCAAUAUGAUCAAAAGGCCUAAAACACCUAAUCGUAAUCCCACAUCCAGAAAUAAGUCGAUAAAUCUAUUAAAAAACAGCAAAAAGGCUAGAAAUAAAGAUAUAUUAUUAAACCAAGAUUAUAUUGAUUCAGAGUAAUUUAAGACAUUCAUCGAGUAUAAAUAAGAUAAGAAUGAAUUCCGGAAACCUAAUAAAAUUUUCAGUUAAAAAUUAGGUCAACUCAAUCCUUUGCAGAGUAGCAAUCGAAUUUAAACAGCAAAUAAUUCGAAUCUAAAUGAUUACCUAUCCUUUAUCAAUAAAAGAUCAAGCAUUAAUUUAAGAUAAAUUAAUGUUCCAUCUAAUAAAAAGAAUAAACGAUUUGUGAACCAAGGUCAUAAUCGAACUGACUAAGCCUUUAACACUGUAGAAACAAAUAAUUAUAUACAGAACAGUAGUAAAAGCAUAUUUGACAUUCCUAACUAUGAUCUAGAUAUUAAGUAGUAGGAGUUAGAAGAUUUGAAGGUAAAAAGAGAUGACUUGAAGUUUAAUAAUUAUUAGAAUAAGAUAGAGCGUAUUAAUCACAUCAAGGACUACCUUUGGGACCAUAGAAACAUACUCAAAAAAGAUCAGAUCAUGCGACUAGCAAUAUUGAUAGAUAGGAUGAGCAAGAAUAUAGAAUUAAUUGAGAAUAACAGAGACGUGCUCGGGGGAAAGAAGCAAAAUAGAGCCCUUGUCAAGUAGUUGAUUAAUAGAUAGUUAUGA